AUGGGAAGCCCGUUGCAGCUGCGGAACCAUUUCUACCAGGAGCAGCAGUUGGAACCGAGUCAGUACCACCGGCACCCCUGCGGACAGCCGCCGCGAUACACCUGCGCUUGCAGCGACUACUGCACCUGCCAUGCCCGGGAAAGCUGCGUCCUCCGCGGGACGUCGCCGACAUGCACCGCGGUAACUUUGAGGACAUCUUCAGACACGUCUUCCAGGCGCGGCGUCCGCGACCCGACCCCCUCUAGUCAUGCUACUUCCUCCAGGCAUCCCCCUCCUCCACCGCCGCCGCCUCCUCCUCCUCAGCAGCAGCAGCAUCCGCAGCAUCCCGGGGCCAGCCACGCGAACGCCUCCCGCCAUGAGACAGCCAUGAGCAGCUGCAGAUACAACGGCGGAGUCAUGCGGCCGCUCAGCCACUUGAGCUCGUCCCGCAGGAACGUGCACGAGUUCGAUUCCGAGUCGCAGCCCCUGCAGCCCCUCUCGGCCGUGGACGCGUCGGACAACUUGGCAACCUCCAAGCCGGAGAACCGCUCUGCCACGCUCAUGCCGUACUCAUCCGGGGACGGAGGCGGGGGCUGCGGCCACGGCGGCGGGAAAUCUGGCAAGAAGAAGAACCAGAACAUUGGGGAGAAGCUCGGCCACAGGAGGGCCUUGUUUGAGAAGAGGAAGCGACUCAGCGACUAUGCUUUAAUCUUUGGGAUGUUUGGGAUCGUUGUUAUGGUUAUAGAGACGGAACUCUCCUGGGGAGCCUAUGGAAAGGAGUCGCUGUAUUCAUUAGCUCUAAAAUGCCUGAUAAGCCUUUCUACAAUCAUUCUCCUGGGACUGAUUAUCAUCUACCAUGCGAGAGAGAUCCAGUUAUUCAUGGUGGACAACGCGGCCGACGACUGGAGGAUAGCCAUGACGUACGAGCGCAUCUUCUUCAUCUGCCUGGAAAUCCUGGUGUGCGCCAUCCACCCCAUCCCUGGAAACUACACCUUCACCUGGAACGCCCGUCUGGCCUUCACCUACGUGCCAUCCCAGACGGACGCCGACGUGGACAUCAUCCUGUCCAUCCCCAUGUUCCUGCGGCUGUACCUCAUCGCCCGCGUCAUGCUGCUGCACAGCAAGCUUUUCACGGACGCCUCGUCUCGCAGCAUCGGGGCGCUCAACAAGAUCAACUUCAACACGCGCUUCGUUAUGAAGACCCUCAUGACCAUCUGUCCCGGGACGGUGCUACUGGUCUUCACCAUCUCGCUGUGGAUCAUCGCGGCGUGGACCGUGAGAGCUUGCGAGAGGUACCACGACGACCAAGAGACCAACAGCAACUUUCUAGGGGCCAUGUGGUUGAUUUCCAUCACCUUUCUUACAAUUGGAUACGGAGACAUGGUCCCAAAUACGUACUGUGGGAAAGGAGUCUGCCUCCUGACUGGCAUUAUGGGUGCAGGCUGCACUGCCUUGGUGGUGGCUGUGGUGGCGAAGAAGUUGGAGUUAACCAAAGCUGAAAAGCAUGUUCAUAAUUUCAUGAUGGACACCCAGCUCACCAAAAGAGUGAAAAAUACAGCUGCGAAUGUUCUCAGGGAGACGUGGCUCAUCUACAAGAACACCAAACUGGUGCGAAAGAUGGACCACGCCAGAGUCAGGAAGCACCAGAGGAAAUUUCUCCAAGCCAUUCAUCAAUUGAGAAGUGUUAAAAUGGAGCAACGCAAGCUGAAUGACCAAGCAAACUCUCUAGUGGACCUUGCCAAGACUCAGAACAUCAUGUACGACAUGGUAUCUGACUUGAACGAGAGGGGAGAGGACAUGGAGAAGAGGAUCGCCCUGCUGGAGACAAAGCUGGAGACUCUGCUAAGCAACCUGCAGGCUCUGCCUGCUCUCAUCAGCCAGGUGAUCAGCCAGCAGCACAGGGACUUCCUGGAGGUGCAGCUGCAGCCUUACGACAAACACAGCCCCGAACGCUCGCAGUCGGCGUCGCGGCGGCGGUCGUCGUCCACGGCGCCGCCCACCUCUUCGGAGAGCAGCUAG